GUUCCAAAAUGAAAACCGCAUGAACCAGCCGCCGCCUGAUGAGCUCUUCUUCUCUGCCUCUGCCUCAUCUCGAACUGUCGAAGCGGGCGGAGAAUAUGGGAGGCGAAAACUCAGCACGCAUUCCUUGAAGAAAUUUCUUCCUGAAUGGUGUCGGAAAAGCUCUGAUCUUUGAACCAGUGUUCCUGGCUAUCGUGGCCUUGCAGGCCACCUGCUCGCCGUAAUGCCGCCGAAGACCACGAAGCGCUGGGUGCCGGUCAACCGGAACGCCGGAGCGUCCCGUGGGCGUGACGGAGGCGACCCCGACGCCGACCGCCUCAGCGCGCUCCCGGACGCGCUGCUGCACCACAUCAUGUCCUUCCUCAAGGCGUGGGAGGUGGUGCGGACCUGCGUGCUGUCACGGCGGUGGCGCCACCUGUGGGCAUCCAUGCCCUGCAUUGAUCUCCGUGUCGGCGGGGAUGACUACGACGAGGUACCAGAGGACUUUCCUGACUUCGUGCGCCACCUGUUUCGUCACCGUGAUGCGACGGCGGCCCUGGACACACUCCGUCUGCGGUCGAGCAAUGUUGAUGGUGCACAUAAUGAAGAUGAUGCCAGGUUGUGGAUCCGUACUGCGAUCAAGCGUGGGGCUCGAGUUAUUCAUCUUGUAGGACAUCGCAAGAUGGAUUGGCUUUGUGGCAGCUGCCUCGCGAUGCUUGAGCAUGCAUCUUUUGUCUCGUGCCACCUCAAGAUCUUGAAGCUAUCCUAUGCCCUGCUGGAUGACAACAUCCUCAGGCAGCUUUCAUGUCAUUGCCUGUCUUUGGAAGAACUGGAUCUUAAAGAUUGCAUGAUUACUGGCCAUGAGAUUUCGUCUGCAUCUCUCAAGAUUUUGACCAUGUUCAAGUGCCAGAUCAAUGCCAAUCUAUCUAUUGCUGCUCUGAACCUUGUACUGCUGCGCUGCAUCUCACCAAUAACCCAGGCUCCAUCAUUUCAGAACAUGGGGUCUCUUGUUGCAGGCACUAUCAUACUCGAUGAUUAUGCCUUCAGUGAUGAUUUUGAAGACUUCAGCAAGGAUGAACUUGAUGAAACCACUGAUGAAGAUGAUGACAAUCAGAAGUACAAGACUGGAUAUGGAUUUCGUGACCCUGGAUUUGGGCUUAUUUACAAGGAUGAUUAUGGUUAUGGUAGUGACAUUGAUAGUGAUGACAACUCCUAUGAAUAUAGUGACAUUGCAGUUGACUCUGGUGAAUAUAGUUUCGAUGGCGACGGCCACAGUUACAGUACUGAUGGUAAUCGUCAUGUGCAUGGUGAAAACUCUGGAUGCAACGAGAACAAAAUUAAAGGCGGCUAUAAUAUUCUUCAGAUCUUCUCAAAUGCUACAAGUUUGGAGCUGUUAGCUGAUGCUGGAGAGGUGAUUCUGACUAGAGAACUGAAAAGGUGCCCAAGUUUUAGCAACCUGAAGACCUUGUCCCUUGGCGAGUGGUGCAUUGAUGCUGACUUUGAUGCUUUAGUUUUCCUGCUGCAGCAUUCACCUAAUCUGGAGAAGCUUUUUGUUGAACUCAAAUUGAACUUAAACGCCAGGAAGCCACUAGUAAGCGGUGUCAAACCAAAGGGAAGAUCAUUUUCUUGCAAGCAUCUUCGAAAGGUGAAGAUCAAAUGCUCUAAGGAUGAUGUGAGAGUCCAUAAGCUGGCACACUUAUUCAGGGCUAAUGGUAUACCAUAUGAGAACAUUUUUGUCCGUAGGACAGAGAGCACCUAUCUCCGUGGCGAGAAGAUUAUCUUGCUAGGCACGAACUGGAGUUCUUAGGGGAUUAAUAUGCAGUUCUCUGUUAAGGUUCUUCUUAGAUGUUUGCAUUUUCGCCUAUUUUGUAAGCAAAGACCUUGCAUGCAAGGCAGUAUGGCCCCAUGGAUUUCUCAAUCAUGCAUGCCACAAACAGUGUCGCAGUUUCUGGUGCCCCGGGCCCCAGCCUCUUUUAGCUAAAAUGGAAGCUGGAACUUAUUUAUAUUUAUGGAUAUCUGAAUGUUGUGGUGUUCUCUCGUCUAGUGGAUGGAUUAUCUAGGCAUAGUAUCUCCAGAUAACUUUGCUUUUAGAUCGUUAACUACUAAUAAAACCGGUAUGUAUUUAAGACCACGACACGCGCUGUGCUAUGUUCAGUCUUUUGAAUGUUGUCCUUGUCUUGACAAUCAGCUUGAGAGAAA